AUGACAGGGGAAAAGUUGAAACCUUUGGUUAUUGCUAAAUCAAGUAACCCAAGAUGUUUAAAAAAUAUCAAAGUAGAAAAGUUGCCAGUUCAUUUCAGGGACAACAAAAAAGCACGGAUGACAACUGAGCUCAUGAGUAACUGGCUUCGCAUCGUGGACAAAGACAUGAGAAAGGCAGGUUGGAAAAUUCUUCUGUUUUUAGACAACGCCCCUAGUCAUCCAAUGUUGAAGUUGUCAAAUGUAAAGUUGGCCUUUUUUCCACCUAAUACUACUUCCAGACUUCAACCUAUGGAUCAGGGGAUUAUACAGACACCCAAGUUGAAAUAUCGUAAGAAGCAGUUGCAACAUAUUCUUGUUAAAGUUGAUAGCAGCAACAAGGUUGGUUCACAGUUAUUGAAAGAAAUCUCGGUCCUAGAUGCAAUUUACUGGAUUGAUGCAGCCUGGAGAGACAUUAAAGCAAAGACUAUUGUUAAAUGUUUCCCUUCUGAACCAGUUGAAUCUGUAAACGCUGAUGGCAAUGAUGACAGUGAUGAUGAUGAAGUCCCAUUGAAUGUCCUGAAACUAUCUCACGAUUUAUUUGGGUGUGAAUUUAAGGACUUGAUUAACUUAGAAGUCACUUUGAGAACUUGUGAUGAUUCUUAUAAAACAGGCUAG